GGAGCGGACGUGCGUUCUAUUUCGGAGUGAGCGCGGGAUUUACGAGUGUUGUGUGACGUCACAGUUUAGUGCGAACUAGUAUACAGGAGGAUUAUAGACGAGCUUAUUGAGUUCCCCUGGUGGAGUGAUGCGUGAUGUACGGUAACGCCAGCGCGGACGGCGAGGAGGCGCGCGCGCAGGCUGAUAUCGCUGUCCUGCUCGCACUGUACGUGCUUGUGUCUGUUAUUGGCAUUAUUGGCAAUGUAAGCCUCAUGGCGGCGCUGGCGUCUGGCGGCGCAUCCCGUCUGCGCACGCCGCAGCUGCUGUCGUCGUGCGCGGCCGACCUGCUCGUGUGCGCAGCCAGCGCGCCGCUCGCCGCCACGCGCGCCGCCAACAUACACCACCUGCCGUGCUCAGUCGCGUACUAUAUCGAGUCGUUCCCAGUAGCGGCGAGUACGCUAUCGCUGGUUGCGAUGGCCGCAGACCGCUGCGGUGCGGUGCGGCGCGGUAGGCGCACACCCUGCGCCAGGCCCUACCUGGCCGUCACACUCGUGUGGACGUCGGCUCUCCUACUAGGUGCAGUGACGGUGACGGCGACGUGCAUGUCGUGUCCGCCGCUGGCAGCCGCGCACGCCGUGGUCACGUACUGCAUGCCCGUGGUCGCCGUGACGCGCUGCCACUGGGCCGUGCGCGUCAAGUUGACGGCGCUAUCGCUGACGGCGAGGGCCGCGCACGGCGAGCUGCCCCUCCCCGUGCCGCUCAUCCGGCGGCCGACACACGUCAUCAUCAUCGCCGGAGUCGGCCGUGAGCGCCGGGACGCCGUCGACGUCGGCGACGUCCGAGCUAAAAAACUCCAGCCGAGCCUCCUAGGCCCGCAGCCGCAGACGUCGACGCUGCGGUCGCGGCGGCGGCUGGGCAACAUCCUCGUCGGCAUCGCGGCGCUGUUCGGCGGCUGCUGGUGCCCGCACGCCGUCAUCGUGAUCUGCGCCGCGUUCGGCCGGACCGCGCCGACAAUACUGACGCAGUACGCGCUGCUGCUGGGCCACGCGCACUCGGCGAUCAACGCGGCGGCCUACUGGGUGCUGAACCGGCACGCGUUGACAGCGGCGUGCGCGGCGUGGCGGCUGCCGCAGCUGCGCGUGCGGGAGGAGCGGCCCUCCUCCACCAAUGAGGCGGCGCUGGGGGCCUUCCACCCGCGCCUGGCCCGCAAGGCCCCCGCGCCGCGCCCGCCCCCCUCCAGCUUCCUCUACUGAGGCCUAACGCAGUGCUGCUACCUUCUUAAUGUUCAUCGUGGGUUUUCUAUGAAAAUGACAGAAGGUGACCUUCUCACCUACUGCCAUUUCCAUUGAUAAGCGAAAUGGCAUUAAGAACGUAGCAUAAAGAAACGGCAGCGAAGUAAGAAUAGUAUGGAUAGACACAAUUUGUCCUAUCACGUGUCUACCGUACAUUAUGCUAAUUUCGCUAUCGUUCUCUGUGUGGGCCCGGUCCGUCUAUCUCUAAGCUGUCUCGAUCUGUGAUUCCUCUCUCUCAGUGCCUCGUAUAAGAACGCUCGUUUCGUCGUUAACGUAGUUUGUUUGAGAUUUUAUGGAGAGUUUCCGUCAAGCAAUAAAGUGUAUGAAACACU